AAGGCUGCUUGGUCGUGGUCUUUCUGGCACGUACUCUUCCAAGAUGAGCCAGGAAGUUUAACACUGAUGGAAUGACACCAGGUCUAAGCCGACAAACUUCCAAUUCCUCCUCAACCCAUAGUCUCUGGGAAACCUACAUGGAACUUCUGCGUCCCUCCAGGAGUGUCUAAGGUUGUUAGAGGAAACAUUUCCCUUCACAGAGGAAGAACAGUUAAGUGAUAAUGAUGGCAGAGGGGAGUCUCACCAGCUGUCCCCCAUCAUUCCCACUGAUAACCCCUCUGUGGACCUGGAACUCGACUGGCAGGAUCUGCUGUCUAUCAUGGACCCUGAGAACACUGUUAUGGACAUGACAUCAUUUGAAGAUACCUUGGAUGCAAAACCAUCUGAGACCUUCCAACGUGGUGGGUCUGAAGCUCUGCCCCCAAACUCUAACAACCAUGUUGGACCAGAGGCUGAUCAAGCAGUGCUUCUCAUGGGUGCAUCGUUGCAGCAUGGUGUGUUGGAGCCUCAGAACCAGGCAGAGAUUGAGCCAGUCCUGCUUCCCCUGAUCCCCAGUGCAGAGUUGGAUGACCAUAGUUCAGCACUGAACACAAGACACACUUUAGAAAACCCCCUAGUGGAUCCUUUCCACAGUCCUCCAGACCACGCAGAUAUGCUUGCAGAAGAUUCUUCAGAAGACUUUAACAUGGCAUUAAAUGCACAAGAUACCUCCAGUACCUUCAACAUGAAUCUGCUAACACCAGAUGUUUUUGAUAGGUUGGAACCUGAAAAUCUUCCAGGCCUUGAUGUUAACUUUCAUUCAUAUGGCAUGACAUCUUCCAGUUUCGGCUCAUCUCUGGAGGGGAAUGAUGUGACUCGUGACCGCCUGGUAUUACCUUCCAGUGUUUUUCUGGUUGACGAGGAGGAUGGUGAGGAUGAAGAUGGUCUCCCUGGAACCCUUAGUGACCUCUUAGAGGAUGCUACCAUCUUGGAUGAGAUGAGAUUGUUGGACCUGGCUCUAGAGGACGGAUUCAGUCCUGAGAUGGUAGCCAGACUGGAAGAGGAGGGGUACCUUGACCGUGGAAUACAGCAGGAAACUGGCAGAGAUGAUGACCACUCAGGCUCUGACAUGGUGGUCACAGAAGAUCAGGGUCAAACAGGAAGACAUCACCAAGGUGGCGACGAUGAGGCAGACUCAGACUCUGGUCUUUCUUUAGACUUCAGCCACAGUCCGGCUUCUCCAUGUGCUUCCGAGGCCUCCUCUUAUUCCUCUUCCUCAUCUUCCUCCUCCUCCUCUUCCUUAUCGUCCUCCUCUCCAUCUUGUGUGUCAGCUGUGGGAAGUCUUGUCUCUGAAAAUGAGGAUGCUGAGGAAGACCUGGUUGGCUCAGGUAUGGAAGUGGAGGUGACCAUAAAGCAGGAGGAGCUGGAAGAGGAGGAGAUGGGCGCGGUAGGGGGAGAGUAUCCUUCAGAUGUGGAGAAACUCUUCCCUUCCAACUAUGAGGAUCACAAACUGUUUCACGGCUUUUCCUGGCUGGAGCAAAUUGGCCACGAUCACACAUACAACCAGCCCUGGUCCUCCGAUUCCACUCCUUAUCUUGGAAAGAUGCCCACCAAACACGCCAAAUCUGCUCCUCAUCAUGACAGCACCAAGCCAUACCACCACUCCUCUUCCAGACACAUCUCAAUGACCAAAAUGUGGGGCCGGGAUGAGCGGCGUGCACGAGCCCUAAAGAUCCCUUUCUCCAACGAACUCAUCGUAAAUCUGCCAGUGGAAGAAUUUAAUGACCUACUGACCAAUUACCAACUCGACGAGGAGCAGCUUACCCUCAUCAGGGACAUACGGCGCCGCGGUAAGAACAAGAUAGCCGCUCAGAACUGCAGGAAGAGGAAACAAGACGUGCUGCUGGGAUUGGAGAACGAUGUGUCAGGUUUGAGACGUCAUCGUUCACGACUGCUAAGAGAAAAACAGGAAGCCUUGAGGCAUCUCCAGGAAAUGAAGCGACGAUUGGGUGUGUUGUACCAGGAAGUCUUUUCCAAACUGAGGGAUGAGGAAGGGAGGCCACUGGAUGCGACAGAGUACCUUCUUCAUUUCGGUCCCAGUAAUACGGUCACAGUGGCUUCACGCCAAAAAAUGGCAGAAAAAUCUAGCAAGAAACAGCGGGAUAAGAAGAAGUGAGGAGGUGGACAAGCCAAGAAUAGUUUCACAAGAGAUGUGGACAUUAAAAAGUAAAGAGUUUGAAGAUGAUCAUCAACGCAAAAUAUGAAAGAAUGAUUUUAAAGGAACACAGUAGUUGUCCUCAUGGUGUCAACGGACAUUCCUGAGUCUCAAAAACCAUGAAAUCCUCAAACACCGAGAUUCCCCUGAGAGUAAUGACUUGGUGGAUGGACAGAUGAAAUCAGGACAGAAGAAAGAGGAGUUCAGUUAAAGGGGAUCUGAUUAUCAUGUUGAUGAUAAGGCAACCUUUACUCCAGGUUGUGUUGCUCUGCUCCUUGGUAUGAACCUUUUAAACACUGGGAAAAGACUUGAAUUCAGCUCUUGCUAACCUUAAAGGUAAAUCCUGGGACCAGCACUCCAGAAUGCUAGUUCAAUGCCUAAGCAAAAUCCUGAUUUAAAAAGAGACUUGAAAAUAUUGCGCUGGACAUGGUAACAAGUUGAUCGUAGGAUAGAUACUGGCCCAACACUAAAAGGACUCUGAGCUAGCAAGGACGAGUUGCUGAAUAUGCAAGAAGAAAGGAUGUAGAGCUGGUAGGGUUGCAGCAUCUUGCAGUGAAGAAUUGGGGUCAUGGGGGAACAAACCAUGUUAUUCACCAAAACUCCAAGACAUCAGGUACAAUCUCCAGAAAAAUCUUUCUAAAUUGGAGCCAUCAUGGCAGCUUUGUGAGACUUCAUUGUAUUGCCUAUAAAAACUUCUUGGAAAUACACCCUACUUUAAAUAGCUCCACUCCUACCUAGUACUUCACGGACUUAGCGGGUAUCAAGGACAAUUUACCAUAAGCUCAUCUUUAGCUGUAAGCUAUGUCAGAAUGUGGCAGCACUUCAUAAGAUGUAUUCACCUAAAAAUAAAAUAGACGACUACUAGGAGAGCGCAGUGGAUUCUUCCUUUGACUGAGGCCCACCUCCUCGCCAAGCUUCAUGCGUAAUGCUGCAAUCACCAGCAAUGAAACCUCAGUGGAAGCAAUUAACAGCAUCAUGCUUCAUGGGGAGUUUACUGAGGACAAAGUGAGGCAAUGGGUCAUCCUGGAUUGAUGUAAUGAAAGCAGUGGGUUUGGAAAGUGAUGGCCCCCAGUGGCGCAAACUGCAAUAAAAUGACAAAUUGACUGUUUUGAAUUGACAUGUCAUAUUAGUGCAUGUACUUUAUCUUGUGGACUUCGAUGGAUCUUUAAAAGAUCUUUAAGACAAAUUAUUAAGCUGUUUUAAGACCAAUGGGUCAAAAUGUGUGUAAUUAAUGCAGUUAAAAUGAAAGAUUUGGCCUUCAAAAAACAGGCAACACUCUCCGACCUCCAGGUGGAUGUCACCCUCUACUGGCUGUGCACGGAGCUGAGGAAGACCUAGAAUCAGUUUAGACAAAGUCAUGAAAAUUAUUGUUUAAAUAUACUUUUUGAAACUGAACAAAGGUUUUCUCAGGAAGGAACACAGCCAGAGGGGCACACUUGCUUUUAGUUUCCCCUCAUAAGUGCUUUACAUAUACAGUCAAAUCACUGGAAAGGAAAUGAUGUAAUGGUUUAGGAUCAUUUUUAGCCAUGAAACUGUCAGAACGGCUGUUCAGUGUUUCACAUGGCAGACGAAAUCCAACCACUGUAUUUGCCUGUGGUCCCUGCAUGGUGGAGAAAUGCAGCGAGACGACACCAGAAUCAAAAGUCUUUCAACUUUAUGAAGACAAAGUUUGAACUUUUUCACCAGCUUUGCUUAGUUGAUUAUAUUUUGUGGAUGCCCAAAGUUCUUGCUGGUAUUCAAGGACUUGGUACCUCAUCUUUUGUAAUACAAAAAAAUAAAAAAAAAAGUUUUAUAAAAUA